UGCUUUUUGCCAUAGCAGUCAGACAUAAUGUUUUGCAAACAGCUUUACUGAUAAUUUUGCUGAUCUUCCUUGCAGUGAAAACAUUAUGUGAAAGGACUGUCACUGUUAAUUUAACAAGUUCCAGUUACGUACCGCAUGUCACAACUAUGGACACAAGUGCACAGCUGAACCGAGUGGAGGACUUCUCGUUUAUUAAUCCCCUGGUUAAAUAUUUUCUGUUUGUCUUCAGCUUCUUGUUUUGGAUCGUCUCACUUCUGAUGAUAGGAUUAGGCAUAUAUGCCAAAAUGGAGAAAGCAACAGAUACUGUCUGGGAAGCAUUUUUUGUUGAUCCAGCCAUCAUACUGAUUGUAGUGGGAGUGAUUAUGUUCUUCAUCACAUUCUGUGGAUGCACUGGUGCCCUACGAGAAAAUAUCGUACUUCUAAAGGCGUUCUCAAUAAGCCUUACCAUGAUUUUCCUGCUGCAGUUGGCUAUCGCAGUCCUUGGUUUUGUUUAUUCUAGCAAGGCACGUGCUGCUGCAAACAAAUUUAUGAAAAAAGCUAUAGCCCAUUACAGAGAUGACCCUGACCUCCAGAACCUGAUUGACUACAUACAAAAACAGUUCCAGUGUUGCGGAUGGAAUAAUUACACAGACUGGUCCAAGAAUUUGUAUUUCAACUGCACUCCAGAGAAUCCCAGCAGGGAGAAAUGUGGGGUACCUUACUCUUGCUGCAUAACGAUACCCAUAGAGACUGUUAUAAAUACAAUGUGUGGUUAUGGGACCCAGAACCUUGGCAUUCUAGAAGCUAGCAAACUUAUCAACCCAGAAGGCUGUGCAUACAAGGCAGCUGAUUAUAUAAAAGACCAUUUCUUUCUAGUUGGCGCACUUGUUCUAGGACUUGCUUUGCCACAGGUUGCUGGGAUUAUACUUUCUUGGAUACUGAUAUCUCAAAUUUACAAAGAAAUGGAGACUGUAUUUUAAAAUAGUAUGAUGAAAUCAGAACAACUGCAAGAAGAAAGCUUUGAAAUGAUGCCAGAAUUCUUAUCCCCAAUUACUGAAAAUGGGAAAAUGUAAAACUAAAUUGUAUCUAUUUUGAAAACUCAGAAUGGACUAUAUGUAGCUUAAUGGAUCUCUGCACCAGGGACCUGCAACAAGAUGUUCAACAUGCUGUGUUAAGUGAGAGAACACAAUUAUUCCUCAUAUACAUUCUUCAUUUAAUGUGUGUAUAUAUAUAUAUAUAUAUAUAUAUAUAUAUAUAUAUAUAUAUAUA